UGAGGCUUGUAAGUGGACGUGGAAUUGGUGAUGGCUACGUGAUGUCUCUGUUGUUGUCUAUGCCAAAUCUCACGUCCUCUGCUACUGAGCGUAUAGCAUGAAGAGAUGCACACCGUUCAUCGCGUUGAUGACAACACUCACUGUCCCGCGAGCGGCUCAGUGUAUUCUGGGCAUACAUUCUAGUCCCUCGUCUCGCCGAUUCGAGCAAGCGUUUCAACUACUCUAUUCCCAAAAGGGCUUUGACAGGGAUCACACAGCCAGCCCUGCUCCAGCCAGGCACAGCCGCUUCCUCCUGCUACGGCGACUAAGACAUCGUACGCCGCACACCGUCACUGUAUCUCUGCUCUAGUCUACGAUCACAAUGGAUGACGGCGGGUGUGGAGUGAGGGGCUUAGGCCUAGAAACAGUGGUCAGUCUUCGGCUGGCUACUCCGCCAUCAGUCGUC